ACAAUAUGGAUCUUUUAAUUCGAAUGCUCUUGACAUUGAUCUUUCCGGCUGCGAUUGGCCGUGCAGAAACAUCCGGCUACAAAUCUUGUGCACCAGACAAGAACUGUGUGUCCUACGAUUUGUGCAAUGAGGGUAUUUUUGUGGAUGGCCACUUUUAUCCCGACCGCAGUCGCACUCUCCUGGACGAGCAGCACUGUCACUAUAUGGAGAAGUGCUGCAAUAUGAACGAAAGCGAGAUUAACUAUAACGAUUAUCUGGGACAUCUCAAGCAGUGCGGCGGGCGUCUGGAUCUCUGGUUCCACUUGAACCCGAUGGGCUACAAAAAGCAAAAGGCCAACUUUGGCGAAUUUCCCUGGCUAGUGGCCAUCUACGGAGCAGAUGGAUAUCUUUGCAGCGGUGUUCUUAUCACCCCACUGGCGGUGUUAACCUCUGCGCAUUGUGUUCAGGGCGAGACGGCAUCUGAUCUCCGUCUGGUUGCCGGCGAAUGGGAUGCUGCGGUUCAGCUGGAGCCAUUGCCGCAUCAAGAGCGGACUGUCACUGAGCUGUUGCUACAUCCAAACUAUACACAAUCACCGGCGGGCCAUAAUCUGGCGCUGCUUCUGUUGAACCCGGACGCAUCCUUCUCGCUAACGCCACACGUGCAGGUGAUUUGCCUGCCGCCGCCCCACAUAAUCUACAACUUCAGCCAGUGCUUCGUGGCAGGCUGGCGGCGGUCGGACUUCAAUGCGAACGAGACUCUGCCCAAGCGUUGGCCGCUCUACGUCCUGCCGCGGGAUCAGUGCGCGGUGAGACUGCGUCCGGCCAUAUUGGGCCGUCGCUUUGCGCUCAACGAUACGCUGCUCUGCACCGGCGGCGACAAGGACGAUUUUGUGUGCAGCGACAUGGGUGCCAUUCCCCUAAUGUGUCCGCUCUCCGGCAGCGAUGAUCGCUUCGUGCUCGCCGGGCUGCUGGCACGGGCGUCCCGUUGCGAUGGCCCUCAACUCUUGGGCAUCUACUCCAACGUGAAGUUCUACAGGCGCUGGAUAGAUCAUACGCUCAGGGAGCGUGACCAGGACAUAAGACAGUAUAUGGUGUAGACGAGAGACUGGGCAAAAAAUGGAGAAAAAUGCUGUAUGCCGUUAAAUUACCAUGCAAAAGAUAUUCGUUUAAUUUUAUUUUAAGAAUUGUUUUAAGCGUAUGUUAGAUGCAAAAGUAAAUUAGUCAGAAAGAUACAUUCUUUCCCUAAGCUCUUAAAAGUUUUUCUAAAGUGCAACAAUUCAACUUUGGAUAGAAAACUGAUUAAAUGUAAACAUUUUUAAUCGUUUAAAAAAAUUGACUCUGUAGUUGUAAUAUGUUAGUUUGGACUCUGUCUUAAAAAAAAUUAAAAGAUUAUAAGUCCAGAAUUUGCGACAAGAUAAAAUACUACCAUAUACCAUAUGUGAAAGAUGUGAGAGAUCUAGACAUAUUCUAGAUUUAAUCUA